AUGGCUACGUGCGACGCUGCUGCUAUGCACCAUGGACGUGCGCUCGUGCGGCAUGGCACGCGGCGUACGUACACAGCGCAUGCCGGAGUAGGUGCGGUGCGUGCGGCGCUUGAAGCGCGCGACGUGGACGCAGUGGCUGCGAGCAUUCAACAGCCUGCAAUGCCACGCGCUGACGUGCUCCAAGGCUGGCGGUUUUUGACCGAGUACUUGCAUAGCACCGCGCCGUGCACACGUUCGCGGCGCAUCGCGCAGUCGGUAGCAAUGCACGACGUGAGCGAGGGGCCUUGUAAGCUCCCCGAAGCACUUGUAUCUCUGCGCCUUGCCGCAUCGCUACACACGGCGCCGUCGCUGGCCGCAUUCACCUCGGUGCGUGCACAGCACGCGCACUGGACGCCAUCGCCGCAGGACUGGGACAUGGUGCUGUGCACGCUUGCGCGUGCACGUCAUGGCGAUACACGUGCGUGCUGGGAGGCCAUGCAGCACGCCAACAUUGCACCCAGCGCUUCUGGCGUACACCUGUACAUUGCUGCCACUGCACCCAAUGCACCUGCGGCCACGCUUGACGCGAUUGUCGACGAAAUUGGCGUGGCGAUUGACCGUGUAAGCCUGAGUGUUUUAUUGCAAGCGUACUGCAAACGCAUCGUGGCGCACGACACAGCCGAUCUGGGCCGUGCGCGGCGCGUCGCGGAGGCGUUGCGUGUUGCUUUGGGCGGGGCGCAGGAUAGAGUUGGUUGGAAUACAUGGCUCCAGUACAUGGCCCUUGUACAAAGUAUGGAAAAUGUGCUGGAGCACGCGCAUAGAGCUGGUGUGCAGCACGCAUUCAAAGCGGACAGUUUUACUUUUUCCAUACUUGCGGAGGGAUAUGCACGCAGCGGCCAAGUGCAGACAUGCGACGAUGCGCUGCGCAUCGUGGAACGUAUUCAAAACACAAUUCAUGUCCGGCCCGGGCGCAUUGCGGCUUCGAUUUUUCUCAAGGCCAUUUUGCGCACCGCCGAUCCUUUUCCGUUGCACCCCCAUGCGCUCUUUGAGGCGCACUCGUUUUUCGACGAGGUACGCCACUUGUACAACAUUCAGCCUGAUCCAGCCAUGGUCCAGCCGCUUGUAGAGGCGCACUGCUCGGCAUUUGUUCCCGAUCUUGACGCGGCAUGCGCGCUUUUGCGCGUAUUUGUUGCGUCCCUUCCUCCCAAGCUGGCCUUCUUCCGCUGGCGCACCGCUCCUCACAAGAUACCCAAGGCGGACCUUGGCUUAUACUACCCAAUUUUGCUUGCAUGUGCGCGCAUGAAGAAUCUGCCACGCGCAUUGCUGCUGCUCUCUGCGAUGGCGUCCCACAAACUCCGCGUUCCUUCGCACGCUGCACAUACACUUCUGCACAAAUUGUGGCAGGCCUGCACCACGUACAAGCAGGCGUGGGACAUGUACACUGCCGUGCAUGCUCUGCGGUCGUUUGAUGCGACAACCUAUGCGCGCGUCCUUGCGCAUUUCUGCAAGUUGCGCUUGGCCGCAUCGCUCGAGAGCAGUAUAAUUCCACCGCCGCCCGUGUACGCACUGCAUAUGUUGGCGGAUAUGCGCGCGGCGCAUAUGCAUCCCACCGCGCAGACGUACACCGUGCUACUGAACUUUUUUGCCAAGUCAGAGCGCGCAACGGAAGCCAUUGUCCAAGCAACGCACGAGCUCAUCAAGCGAGACGUGCAGCUCGAGCCAGACUUGAUCCUGAUCAAUGCGCUGAUGAAUGCGUACAAUCAUGUCGACGCACCGGUCAAGGUGCUUGGGAUUUGGGAUUCGCUCGUGGUGCUAUGUACCAAUACGAACUCUGCACACUAUCUCGACGAUGUAUCACUCGCGAUUGUAUGCGACACUUGCGGGCGUGCAGGCAUGCUCGGUGCUGCGCGCCGUGCUGUGCGUACAGUCCAGCAGUUGGAGCGUGCGCGUAAAGGCACAUUGUACUCUAAGACUGCACAAGACGCAUGGGUCGAGUGUCUCGCGCGCUGCGGCCACCUCGAGGAAGCUGCACACGUAGCUUUGGACGAGAUGGAGGCGCCAGAUGCCAAGACGCUGCAGACCCUUUUGAAAUUCGCCGCAUCCGCGCAAGGCGACGUGGGAGGCGAUGUACGUUUCCAAGAGAUGCGCACGCGUGUGCGCACAAAGUAUCCGGGAGUAUGGGGCGACGUAUGUAGCAUAGAAUAG